CCUCUGAGGAGGUGACUCCUCCCCUACAGCAGAGCUUCAUGAUCCCCAAAAAGGAGAUAAACAUGGUUUCUGACAUGGCCAAGUGGAAGCGCUCUCAGGCAUACGCAGAUUACAUGGGCUUCAUCCUCACUCUCAAUGAAGGUGUCAGGGGCAAGAAGCUGACCUGCGAAUACAAAGUUUCAGAGCCCAUUGAAAAGCUGGUGGCUCUUCUGAACACCCUUGAUAGAUGGAUCGAUGAAACCCCGCCAGUGGAUCAACCUUCUCGCUUUGGGAACAAAGCCUUCAGGACCUGGUAUGCCAAACUAGACCAGGAAGCAGAAAAGUUGGUGGCAACAGUGAUCCCCAAGCAUUUGGCUGACGCAGCUCCAGAAGUGGCCGUGUACCUGAAGGAAUCUGUGGGGAACUCCACCCGCAUUGACUAUGGCACAGGGCACGAAGCUGCAUUUGCAGCCUUUCUCUGCUGCCUCUGCAAAAUCGGUGUGCUCAGAGUGGAUGACCAGAUGGCCAUUGUCUUUAAAGUAUUUAACAGGUACCUAGAAGUGAUGCGAAAACUUCAGAAGACCUACAGGAUGGAACCUGCUGGCAGCCAGGGCGUGUGGGGCUUGGAUGACUUCCAAUUUCUACCUUUCAUAUGGGGCAGUUCCCAGCUGAUAGACCAUCCAAAUCUGGAGCCUCGACACUUUGUUGACGAGAAGGUAGUAAACGAAAACCAUAAGGACUUCAUGUUCCUGGAGUGCAUCCUCUUCAUUACAGAGAUGAAGACAGGCCCCUUUGCCGAGCAUUCCAACCAGCUCUGGAACAUCAGUGCUGUGCCCUCCUGGUCCAAGGUCAACCAGGGCCUCAUCCGCAUGUACAAGGCAGAGUGCCUGGAGAAGUUUCCUGUGAUCCAGCACUUUAAGUUCGGCAGCCUGCUCCCCAUCCAGCCUGUGACGUCCUAAGGAGGCCAUGGGAGGAGUCGAGGCAGCGGAGGCGUAGCGCAGCGCUCUUCCUCCUCCCCUCACCCCCUCAUCACCUUGCCCGUUACACACAGCCCAUUCAUUCCUGCACAUCCUCAUCGGCAACCACAGAUCCAAAGCAAUCGCCGGCCUUGCACGGGAGAUGGGACCCAGAGCGGCUCCUCCUGCACGUACCCCAGCACGGGGAUGUCUCGCCAGCGACCAAGCUGGGGCUGUGCUUCUCUCUCUGCUGCGCCCACGGGCAGCGUGACUGCUGUGUACGGCUCUGGGCAUGUGAAUGGGGUUUGGGUAGGGGCUGCCUUGCAGCAAAGGCCCUCUGCUUCCCUUUCCAGGAGGAAGCGGGUGUGGAGGGGAGGAAGGCACGUGUGUAUGUGUUGGGCAGUGGUAACUGCAAUUUCCCUUUUGAAUUUCACUGAAGUUUCCUGUUGCUGUUUGGUAUGGGAAACCACUGCAAGGGGUGAGGUGUGAGCCUGCACGUGCCUGUAGGCAGCCACCUCUGCUUGCACGGGGGGGUCUGGAAUAGGUAGAGGAAGUUGUAGGGAAGGUCUGUGGGUUGCUGGAAGCCCAGGGUACCAUCUCUCCCUUAUUCUGGGUAAGCAAAGCCCUCUCCUUCCUCCCUCCAUGUCUUCUGCAAGGUUCCCUAGGUCUUCCUUUCCCACCACUGCCUCUUCCCUUGGGUGAAGCUGGGAACCUUCUGGGUUGCGAGGGUCUGAGCUGGCUCUGGAG